GAAGAAAAAACCCGGGAAUUGGGAAUCAGGAAACGAGAGUCGGGUCGGGAAAUGAUCUCGGGAGUUGGGAUCGGGAUACCCGAGAAUCACUAUCAUGUACAUAUGCAAAAAUUUAUUUUAUAUUAUAUUUUAAAAAAUAUUUUUUAUAAAUUAAUUCCAAAAAUAAAGCCGUCUAACUUCGAUAUUGAUCUCCAACCCAUAACAAUUACCUCAACCGAUGUCAAAGUACAUAUUAUAAACUUGGACCAGUCGGGACUCAGACCCCAAAUAAUUUUGUCAGACCCGGCCCCGACAUUUUAAACACCGAAAGACGACCCCCAACUGAUUCGAUCCCGAAGGAUCAGGGUCCAACAUUAAUUCAAAUUAAUCAUUUCUUUUCACCAAUUUAAGUUUUUCUACGUUAAUUCUUUAAUUUAUUUAUUUGAUAGGCUGAAUUUGAAGAAAAAUAUGGUCACAUAACUAGAUCCAGCAAAAAUAAACAGCAAAAACAAUUAAAUUCAAAAUUAGACCCUUUUUUACAAAAUUUAACUCCAAGCGGAUGUUUUAAAAAAGAAAAUUUUAAAAAAGUAUUUAUUAAUCUUUUACCAAUUUUUGGUUGGUUACCUAGCUAUAAAUGGAGGCAAUAUUUGCAAUGUGAUUUAAUUACCGGAUUAACUGUUGGAAUUAUGGUUGUCCCACAGGGUAUGGCAUAUGCUACAUUAGCUAAAGUACCUCCAGUUUAUGGAUUAUAUUCCUGCUUUUUUCCUGCCUUCUUUUAUAUGUUUUUUGGUACUUCCCCGCAUGUUUCUAUUGGUACUUUUGCUGUGGCUAGUAUGAUGGUUGGAAAUUUACGUUCACAAUUAAUACCAGAAAAUGGGAAUAAUAACAAUACAAAUGCUUUAAUUAUUGAAGGAGAACCCCUAACACCUUUAGUUUUAAUAAGUGCUUUAACUUUUGGGGUCGGCAUAUUUCAGAUAUUAAUGGCUAUAUUUCGUUUAUCCUUCAUAACUAAUUACAUUUCUGAUUCUCUCAUUUCUGGUUUCACUACUGGUGCCGCAGUACAUGUAUUAACAUCACAAUUGGAUAAAUUAAUUGGUGUUAAAGUUAAAAGUUAUGGAGGCCCUGGAUUAGUUUUAUUUAUGUGGAAAGAUUUAUUCAUUUCUGCUUCAAAUAUAAAUAUAUUUACUGUAAUUGCUGCAAUAAUUCUUUCAGCAACUGUUGGGUUGAAAAAGAAUUAUGGAGUUAGAAUUGUUGAGAAUGUACCCCAAGGGAUGCCAAAUUAUUCAAUUCCUCGUCUUACAAUUUUACGGCAUAUUUGGCUAGAUUCUCUAAGUAUUUCAAUAAUUUGUUAUGCUUUUCUUUUCUCUCUCGGCAAAACUUUUUCCAAAAAACAUAAAUAUAAAUUAGAUGCUAAUCAAGAAUUAUAUGCUCUAAGUAUGUGUUCACUAAUUUCUUCUCUAUUCCCCGUAUUUCCUUUUGGUGCUUCACUCUCUAGAUCGGCUUUAUGUGAAAUUACAGGAGCUAAAACACAAUUUCAUGCACUUUUUUCUAGCGCUUUACUCCUUGUAGUUAUUCUUUGGAUUGGACCUUUACUUGAACUUCUUCCAAUUGCUGUACUUGGUUGUAUUGUUGUAGUUAGUCUUAAACCCCUUUUUCUUCAAUUUAAAGAAUUACCAAAAUUAUGGAAAAUUAAUUUAUUUGAUUUUUUAAUUUGGAUAAUUGCAUUUACAACAACUGCAUUUCUUAAUAUUACUUUUGGACUUAUUAUUUCUUUGUUUUUCUCUAUUUUGUCUAUUAUACUUAAAGAACAAUGGUUAUUUAUUUUUAAAAUAAAUUUUUUUAUUAAAAGGAAAUAG